AUGGCUCUCGACCUUGCUAUCAUUGGAUCAACCGUACUCGAUCUUGUCCUUGCUAGCAUUCUUGGAUAUCUGGUGCUCAACUCUCGAACAGGCGUCCGCUACCUCGACAAAUUUCUUGAACGAAUUGCCAUAUUCUUCUGGAGCUGCGCAAUUCCUCCUGCGCUGUUGAUGAUACCCGCAGUGGUGAUCUAUCACGUAGCGACGAGCAGACUCGCCGCGCUAUGGUGCACAAUCUGCAUCGCCACGAGCAUCAAACUCUACCACCAUUCGCUCUUACGCUCUCUCAAUUCACGGGACCGGCAUCAGAAGCGACUCCAGCAUGAACGCGAGGCUUUCAACGACGCAAACUUCCGCUCAGACAUCUCACAGAGUUUGCGACAGGAGCUAGGAGGUACCGCUGCAGAUACUGAUCGAAUGCGGACAUCUGUUGCAAGCACGGCGGUCUCGCAUCAUACCGUGUCUGUUCCAAACUAUUCAUUGCCGCUUAACUCUUCAAAAACUCGGUUCUUGAGCUCGAAGUCUCUAGUCCACAAUAACUAUUUGCCGCCGACACUAUCAUCGAUUAGUCAAAGUCCGACGCCAGGAGAUGGAACAGAUUUUCCGGAGAGCUUUAUGAAGGAUUGA